AUGGCGAAGAAUGAGAUUUUUCCUAGUCGUCUGAAUAGAUUGGAGAGUGAUGAAGGGUUGGAUGAGUUUUCAGCUUACAGUGAUUCUUCACAUGAAGUUCAUGUUCUUGCUGUCGAUGAUAGUCUUGUUGACAGAAAAGUGAUCGAGGGGUUGCUUAAAAUCACUUCUUGCAAGGUGACAGCGGUGGAUAGUGGGAUAAGGGCUUUGCAGUUCUUGGGAUUGAAUGAAGAGGAAAAGUCUGUUGGUUUUGAUAGUUCAAAGGUGGAUCUGAUAAUUACAGACUAUUGCAUGCCUGGGAUGACAGGAUAUGAGUUACUGAAAAAGAUCAAGGGCUCAUCUACUUUCAGAGAAGUGCCUGUUGUGAUCAUGUCAUCUGAAAACAUUCUUGCUAGGAUUGACAGAUGUUUGGAGGAAGGUGCUGAGGAUUUUAUAGUGAAGCCCGUGAAAUUAGCCGAUGUUGAGCGCUUGAAGGGCUGCAUGUUUGGUGAAGGCCGAAACCAAUCCAUAAAAGGACUUAACAAUAAGAGGAAGUCGCAAGAAAAUAAUAAUUGUGUUUUACCCGAGCAAUCUCCACAGCCCAUUUCAUCCCUAGUCGAUUUAUCUCCGAGCCCAUCUCCACUGUCCACAUCAUCAUUAUCUUCGGCCAGCUCGUUUUCUUCAGUACCAUCUAGUCCUCGUUCGUCUACACCUCCCGAUUCUCCCACCGGGCCCUUCCAAAUUCGCAAUGACCAAUGA